AUGACGCCGAGACGACCGAUACGAAUCGGCAACUGCUCCGGUGCCAUAAACGAUGGCAUCGAUCAGAUAUACCGCCUCGCCAAGUACGGCAACGUGGACGCCAUCACGGCCGACUACCUCGCCGAGUUCAACAUGGCGUGGAAGGCCAUCGAGCUCCAGACCCGGCCGGAGCUCGGCUACGAGCCCGGCUUCCUCGACCAGCUCGCCUGGCACGACGGCGACGCAGCCCGUCUCGUCGCAGGGAAGCACAUCAGGGUCGUGCACGACGGCGGAGCCCUCAACCCCCGGGGGCUGGCCGAGAAGACGGACGCGUACUUCAGGAGCCUCGGCAUCUGUCACGUCAAGGUGGCCUGGGUCAGCGGCGACGACGUCACGCAGCAGGUCAGGCGCGGCGCCUUCGGGCGAGUCACGCACCUCGACCGGCCGGGUGUCGAGUUUGAUGCGCCGUCGAUGGGCGGCGACCUCCUCGCGGCCAACGUCUACACGGGCAUGGCCGGCAUCGUGCGGGCCCUGGAAGCCGGCGCCGACGUCGUCGUGUGCGGGAGAUGCACCGACGCCAGUCCCGUCGUGGGCCUCGCCGCCUGGUGGCACGGCUGGAAGGGCACCGAGCACGACGCCCUCGCGGCGAGCCUCAUGGCCGGACACCUGAUCGAGUGCGGGCCGUACGUGACGGGCGGGAACUACUGCGGCCAGCGCGAGGUGCCGAACCUCUUCCGUGCCGGGUUCCCGAUCGCCGAGGUUGGCGCCGGCGGGGACGUGGUCAUCACGAAGCCCCAAGGGUCCAACGGGCUGGUCUCGGUGGACACGUGCAAGGCGCAGCUGCUGUACGAGAUCCAGGGAAGAUACUACCUCAACCCGGACGUCGUCGCCGACAUUGGGGGCGUGACAUUCACGCAGUUGGGGAGGGAUCGUGUGCGGCUUGCGGGCGUAAAGGGCUUGCCGCCGCCGCCGACGGCCAAGCUGGCCAUCUGUCUCCUCGGCGGUUAUCAGGCCGAGAUAUCGGCGUAUGCUGUUGGACUGGAUACGGACUUCAAGUUCGAGGUGCUGAAGAGCCAGGUGCUUGGUCAGAUCAACCGGUCCGACUUCACAGCGUUUAGCAUCGAAAAGUAUGGCUCCUCACCGACGGAUCCGCGGUCACAGAGAGAGUGCACAACGCAUUUCCGCAUGUUUGCUCAGUCCCGCAGGGAAGAGGCAUUCGAGCAGUUCAGGAGAGCCAUCUUCUACAACGGCCUCCAAGGCUACUGCGGUCUUCACCUCGGCAUGGAUUGGCGGACAAUGGCGCCGCGGCCUUAUGUGCGGUACUUCCCAGCGUUGAUACCGCAAUCAAAGAUGCCUCCUUUGGCCGUAAGCUUCGUCAAUGGCGAGGAUGAUCUGGUCGUUGUGCCAGGCGAACAACCAAAGAGUCAUAUCGUCGUCCCUCGGCAGCCCGACUACGAGCCCUCUUCUUCCAUGUCGGAUGUCCCGUCGUCCCGAACAGUAAAGCGGCCCUUGGGCGACCUCGUCUUUGCGCGCAGCGGCGACAAGGGCGGCAACGCAAACGUCGGCCUGUGGGUGCGUCACGCCUCGGCCUGGCCUUGGCUGCAGGCGUUUCUGACCAAGCAGAGACUCAUCCAGCUGCUGGGAGAUGACUGGCGCGACGACCAGUACGUGGUGGAGAGGUGUGAGUUCCCCGGGCUUUGGGCGGUUCAUUUUGUCGUCCGGGGCAUCCUGCAGGAGGGAGUCAGCAGCAGCAGCGUUCUGGACGGGUUCGCGAAAAGCCUGGGUGAGUUUCUGCGUGCGAGACUGGUUGGCCUGCCGGUGGACUUGGUCAAGUUGGAAGAUGAGCGACGUCUUAGGGGGUUUGAAAGCAAUGCUCGAGCAUCCAAGUUGUGA